CUUAGCAGAUGGAUCAGCGUAAAAAUAGGGUUUAAAUACGGAUCAGAGUUUUACCAUUUCACUUUUGAAUUUGCCUAAGAGGUGAGCGUACGACUCGCUCCGAAAAAAGAAAACGAGAAAAGAACUUGUUUUAUACAUCUACAUAGGAUCAAACACUCUCUCUAUCCCGGUAUGUUGAACAUUUCAUCUCAUACAAUCUUGAAUAAUUAGUUUCGACAUUUAGAUGGAUUAGUUUUCACUUCGUCAGGCUGUAGUGUGUAUGAUAAACUUGGUAUAGACACACAACUUGCCAUUUCUUGUUGGAGUGUUCCGCGUCUUUUUGUUAUUUUUACAUGUUUUGUAUUUCAUUUUAAAAGGAAAAAUUCUCAGGUUAACAAAUUAAUUCUUAUGGAAGCUAUACACCCAAAAGACGAGGAAAAGCUUGAGGAGGGCUUUUCAAGGGAGAAAUUUCUUUUUUAGUGAAUGAACAACAUUCUUGUGAUAAGUAACACACAUUCAACCACCCUGUCCUCGGCCGAGUUGAGCCGUUUUUUUUUUUUCUUCAAUGACAAGACUCUUUACGUAUGCUCGGAGUCAAUGAAUGUCCUUUAUUCUUGUAGCAUUUUUGGAGGGUUUCAAGGGGUGUAUUUUAACCGAAAAAUUUUACCCAUUAUACUUAAUUAAGGUUUCAAAUGCUAUAAGUCACAUGACAACAUCUGAACCAUUGUGCCUACCGCUUGAAUCAAGUAUUAGAAGCGUUAAUCCUGCUUAAAAAGUUAACAUUUAGCAAUUUUUGGAUCAUUUUUUCUCGGCGACAAAUCUUUUAAACGAAUUCAUUCAAAUUUUUCCAUUUAUUGCAAAUGUUUUCGGCAAAAGUUGUCCAAACACGGUUUUUGUAACUCUCAUCUGGAACGUAUUGUUUUAGCGACCAUUAUUCACAUUUUGGCAAAAACAAAUUUUAUCCCUUUUUUGGCGUCAUUGUUUAAAAAAAUAUUUUUUCAACAAAAAAUUGUCCGGAUACGAUUUUUAGAUCUCCUAUUUGGAACAUACUUUUUCAGCUCCCAAUUUUCUUGAAAUUCAACAUCUUUGCUAACAAAACAUUAUCCUUUUAAGUUGGGUUUAUCCAUUAUAACCAGAUUUUGUCUAACCGCUACUUUAGAAGCGAAUUAAGAUAUUAUAGUCACUGUUUGUUCAAAGCUAAAACGUUCGCUCAUUAAAUUUAGUAAAGCAAUAUCUUUUAUCUGAUGCGUCGGAAACUUAAUGUAAAUGCGUUUGAUUCUGGUACUGAAAAUCUUUAAUUCCCAUAAUUUUAUUGCGCCGACGGCUUUUCCUUUGAUUACCCCAAGCGAAAAGCUAAUCUUUUUAACUGGUCAUAAUGUAUCUUGUUCGUAAGACUGACGCAAUAUGUGCUAAUUUCUCUUUCAUUUUUUUAUCCAGUUGGCAUUUUGUUAUUGGCUGGUAAGACGUUACGUCGUUAUGUUAUCGUCGGUCAAAAUAUCACUCGCCCUAGUCUCUUUGUUGAUCCUUGUACAUGUAAACGAGGCUUUUCCGAUGAAGGAGUGGCUACCAAGAAGAUCUAUGGUGAAAGACGAGGACAGUGCUAUUGAACAGCGGUUUGAUGAAGACUCUUACAGCAGGUAAUAUAUAUUGAUGCAAGAAAUAAAAUUCUAUUUUGCCUUUAUAUGAUAAGCUGAAUUAUACACGCACGUUGAUUGGUUCGUACUGUGAUUUAUUAAAGGACAGACACGGAUGUCGUCAACAUUGCCUUUUUUUUUUUUUUUUUUUUUUUUUUUUAUAAUAUAAAACAAAUAGAUUCCGUGUUGCCGUGGUUCUGUCCAAAAAUAAAUCAGAGAAGCGUCAAAACGUAGUGGGAAAAUCAGUGACACAUUCGAUUGCGCCUCCUGAGCUACUGUUUUGUUCUCAGUUAGCGAUUAGAUGAUUUGCCAACAUUCUUGAAGGGUUAAAAAAUAAAUUGCGUUAAGCCCUCUUUUUUUUCCCCAUAUUUCCAGCCCGAUGAAAAUUUUAAAUGAAGACGACAAAGAAGAAGACAUGUUUGCUGACGAUGCAUCGGAAAGAAAUUUCCGAAAAAAGGAUUUCUCAAGGCAGUACCAAUGUCGAUUUGGUGGUUGUGGAAAAUGAAUGAGUAAGUUAAAAAUAUGGGGUAAUUUUGUUGGAAUUUUCCUUUUUUUUUUUCUCUAUACUUUGGAGGUAAUUAGCAAGUGGAUGGCAGAUAAUGGGCUAUGGUAGAUUAUAUUGCCAGUGAAACCGAUUGAUUGACUGACUGACCGACUGAAUAACUAACUGGCAGACUGGUUGACUGAUCGGCUACCUGACUGUUUAACUGACUGACUGACUGACCGACCUACCAACUGACUUACUAUCCGGUUGACCGACUGACUGACUGACUAACAGACUUACUGACAGACUGACUGACCGGCUGACUGACCGACCAACUGACUGACUAGCUGACCGACUGACUGACUGACUGACCGACUGGCUGACUGACUGACUGACUGACUGACUGACCGACCGACUGACUGACUGACUGACUAACAGACUGACUGACCGACUGACCAACUGAUUGACCGACUGACAGACUGACUGACUGUGACUGACUCACUGUUUCACCGACUGACCAACUGAAUUACUUACUAACUGAGACACUGACCGACAAACUAAGGUAAUGAAUGACCGACUGGUUGACUGACUAACAGAUUUGUUCAUUUAUUCAUGCAUUCGACUUUCUUUCUUUAGCAUCCAUCGGAAUAAAGAGAAACAUAUGGCAAGGAAACAAUAAACGAAUCAAAGAAAAAGACAAGGCAGCUAAAACUUAACAAAUUAACAGACCAUUUGAAACAAAAUGUAGGAUGUUACUUCAAAUCAGUAUCAUACAAAAGCAAAGCUUUUAAAAAGGUUUACUUGUUAUUCUGUUCUCCGCAGUUAAUGCUGUAAAAUGUCCCUUGUAUUUUACUAGUUUACUUCAAUCGAAUAUUAUUCUUUGUUUUCAAUCUAAUCCUAAUUAACGACAUUCGAAUGUUUUCAAAAGUUUAUUGCGCACUACUUGUUAAAGAGGUAUAUGCAGUAUCAAUAAAAACAGGACUUACGUAGAUCCCCACCGUAGAGGAGAUGUAAGGAGUAAAUAAAGAUCAUUUAUGGAUCAG